AGGAGCCGGAUGCCACCAUAAGAGAAGGUGCAACUGACCCUGAAUUCUUUCAUCAGAGGUUUCGGAAUUUCCUCUACGUGGAAUUUGUUGGGCCUCGGAAGACGCUGUUCAAACUCCGAAACCUCUGCCUCGAUUGGUUGCAGCCGGAGACUCGCACCAAGGAGGAGAUUAUCGAGCUCUUGGUCCUUGAGCAGUACCUGACCAUCCUUCCAGAAAAGAUAAAGCCUUGGGUGCGGGCAAAAAAGCCAGAGAACUGUGAGAAGCUAGUUACUCUGCUGGAAAAUUACAAGGGGAUGUAUGAGCCAGGAGACGACAACAGUGACCUCCGCAGCGAAGACAGCAUGAGCCGGAAGGGAGCAGAGUCCCCGCCACCACGCUCCGCCUCUUCUUUCUGCAGUGACCGGGACCGGGAAUGGGACCAGGACUGGGACCGGGACCGGAAUCGGGAUUGGGAGCUAGAUUGGGACCGGGAGCGGGAGCGGAGAGGCAGAAGCAGAGACCUGGAGUCUCGAGACCGCUGGCCAUACACCAGGAAUCCCAGAAACAGACUUCCUCAACGGGAUCUUUCCCUUCCUCUGAUGGAGAAAACAACUUUUGCGAUGGAAAGAGAGCGCAAGCGUAGGGACUCCGUGAUGGAUUAUGAGUCAAGAUCCCAGGAUGCAGUGUCAUACCAGGACGUUGUGAACCUGACUGAGGACAGGAAACCUCAGAACCCGAUUCAGGACAACAUGGAGAACUAUAGGAAGCUGCUCUCUCUGGGGGUUCAGCUUGCCGAAGACGAUGGCCACUCCCACAUGACACAAGGCCAUUCAUCGAGGUCAAAGAGAAGUAGUGCCUACCCGAGCACCAGUCGAGGUCUGAAAACCAUGCCUGAAACCAAAAAGUCAACCCAUCGGCGGGGAAUUUGUGAAGAUGAAUCUUCCCACGGGGUGAUAAUGGAAAAAUUCAUCAAGGAUGUUUCACGCAACUCCAAAUCGGGACGGGCCAGGGAAUCUAAUGAUCGGUCACAGAGGUUCCCCAGAAGACCAGACAAUGAUUGGAAAGAAGUUUCAUUCAACAAGAGGGAGUCGGUGAUUCAGGAGAGGGGCUAUGAAGGGAAUGCCUUUGCGGGAAGCUAUAAUUUUAACUCGAGUCUUGUUUCCAAAAAGAGAGUUCUUGAAAGAAAAAGGCGCUAUCAGUUUGACACAGAUGGGAAGGGCUCCGUUCAUGAGCAGAAAGGCUAUGCAAGGAAGAGACCUUUUGAAUGUAGUGAAAUGAGAAAAGCCAUGAGCAUGAGCAGCCUUAGCGCCCCCUCCUUCACUGAGUCACACCCACUUGAUUUUGGGGCAAUGCCUUAUGUGUGUGAUGAGUGUGGGAGGUCUUUCAGUGUGAUUUCAGAAUUUGUCGAACAUCAGAUCAUGCAUACUAGAGAGAAUCUCUAUGAGUAUGGUGAAUCGUUUAUUCAUAGUGUGGCUGUCAGUGAGGUUCAGAAAAGUCAGGCUGGGGGGAAACGCUUUGAAUGUAAAGAGUGUGGGGAAACCUUCAAUAAGAGUGCCGCUCUUGCCGAACAUCGGAAAAUUCAUUCUAGAGAGCAUCUUGCAGAAUGUAAUGAUGAGGAGUAUGAGGAGCCCUUCAUGCCUAGCCCAACCUUCAGUGAGCUUCAGAAAAUAUAUGGAAAGGAUAAAUUCUAUGAAUGUAAGGUGUGUAAGGAAACCUUCCUUCAUAGUUCUGCCCUGAUUGACCACCAGAAAACCCAUGGUAGAGAUGACAAAGAUAAUGAGCGUGGGGAAGCCUUUAAACCCAGCCCACCCCUUAAUGAGGUUCAGAAAAUGUAUGGUAAAGAGAAAAUGUAUGAAUGUAAGGUGUGCGGGGAGACCUUCCAUCAUAGCUCAUCCCUGAAAGAACAUCAGAAGAUCCAUACUAGAGGAAACCUAUUUGAAAAUAAGGGUAAAAUGUGUGAGGAAACCUUUAUUCCUGGUCAGUCCCUUAAAAGGCGUCAGAAAUCUUACUCAAAAGAGAAGCUCUAUGACUUUAAAGAUGGUGGGGAUGCCUUUAGGCAAAGCUCAGACCUCAGUGAGCAUCAGAAAAUUCAUUCUCGAAAGAACCACUAUGAAGGCAGAGGUACGUACGAGAAGUCUGUCAUUCAUAGCGUGCCCUUCACUGAAUCUCAGAAGAGUCAUACUAUAACAAGACCACCUGAAAACGAGGACGAGAAGGCGUUCACCAUCAGCUCUAACCCUGAUGACAACCAGAAGAUUCCUACUAAAGAAAAUGUGUGUGAGAGGAAACCAUAUGAGAGGUCUGUUAUUCAUAGCUUAGCCUUUGCUAAAGCUCAGAAAAGUCACAGUGCAGUGGGGCCCAGUAAAUCACAAGUGAUUGCAGAGUCUACCCAGACCUCAAGUGUUAUCGAACAUCAGAAAGUCCAUGCCGGAGAGAAUUCCGAAGGAAAGAAAUAUGAGAGGUCUGUUAUCCAUAGCUUAGCUGCUUUCAAACCUCCCAAAAAUUACAAUGGAAAUGAAGUCGUUGCAUGUGAUGAAAAGGGAGAAUCCUCUACUUACAUCUCAGACCUUCGUGAUAAGCAACAGAAAACUCCUGCCAGAGAGAACCCUUAUGAAGGGGCCAAGAGUAACAACUACAAGGACUCCGUUAUACAAAGUGUAUCCCGUAUCGAACCUCAGAAAAGUCUUACUAGUGCCGGGUCCAGUGAAUCGUCUGUUCCCAGCUCAAAUGUCCGCGAACAUCAGAAGGCUCGUGCUAAGAAAAAAAACAUUGAGCGUAGGAACUAUGAGACCUCUGUAAUUCACUCCCUACGUUUUGGCGAACCUCAUACAUUUCGCCCUAGAGAGAAAUUCUAUGAAUGUCCAGAGUGUGGAGAAUCCUUUGUUCGUAGCUCCGACCUCACUGAGCAUCAGAAGAUUCACGAUAGAAAGAAGCCCUCUGGAAGUAAAAACUAUGAAAGAUCUGUAAUUCGCAGCUUAGCCUCUACUGACCCUCAGACAAAGCAAGCACAGACGAGUUAUGCUCAACAGCAAGUGCGCAAUAAAUGUAAAGAGUGUGGGGAAUGCUUUGCCACCAUUGAAGAGCUUGGUGCACAUCAGAAAAUCUAUGCCCGAGAAGAAUUCCAUGGUCGGAAGCUCUUUGGAAACUCUGUUAUUCAGGGCACAGGCCUUAAUGGGCCUCGGCAGGUAGAGCCUCGGCAGGAAGAGCCUCGGCAGGAUGAGCCAGAUGAACAGGACGAGCAGGAUGAGCAGGAUGAGCCUGAAGACACAAUCUAUGGAUGUAAGGAUUGUGGGCUGGGCUUUGCAGAUCGUGCAGACCUUAAGGAUCAUCAGAAGGUUCAUGGCAGAGAGUAUCUCAUCGACAGUCGUGAGUACACACAUUCUGUAAUCCAUACCCAUUCUGUCAGUGAAUAUCAGAAAGAUUAUAUUGGAGAGCAGCUCUAUGAAUGCCCUGCAUGUGGGGAAUCUUUUGUUCAUAGCUCAUUCCUUUUUGAGCAUCAGAAAAUCCAUGAGCAAGAUCAAUUCUUUGGCCAUAGAAGGUAUGAGGAGCCUUUUAUGCAACCCUUGGUCAUUAACCCACGGAGGCCUCGUGCCCCACAGAAGAAUCCUCCUGCAGGAACAUCCCUUCAAUGCCACGUGUGUGGACAAGACUUCAUUCAUGGCUCUGUCCUUAGUGAACAUAUGAGAAUUCAUACUGGAGAGGAUUUACCGGAGCAGGGCCAGGGAAGUGAAGAUGCAGUCAGUCCAGGCUUAGCCCUUACUGAGUUUCAGAGAAGUCAAACCGAAGAGAAACACUAUGAAUGUAAAACAUGUGGAGAAUCCUUCCUCAAUCAGUCAGACCUUAGGGAGCACAUGAGAAUUCAUGAGAAAGAUGAGCCCUAUGAUUAUGGGGCCUCCUUCGUUCACACCUCAUUUCUUACUGAGCCCCCUAAAAGAGAUUCACCAUUCUAUGAAUGCAAGGACUGUGGGAAGUCCUUCAUUCAUAACACAGUUCUCACUAAACAUCAGAAGCUUCAUCUUGAAGAGGAAGAAGAAGAAGGAGCCCAGGAGGUUGAAGCCAAUGUGCUUGUUCCACGAGAAGUUCUUCGGAUCCAGGGAUCAAACGUAGAAGCUGCUGAGCCAGAGGUGGAGGCUGCUGAGCCAGAGGUGGAGGCUGCUGAGCCUAAUGUGGAGGCUGCUGAGCCCAAUGGAGAGGCCGAAGGGCCAGAUGGGGAGGCUGCGGAGCCAAAUGGGGAGGCUGAACAGCCCAACGGCGAGGCUGAACAGCCCAAUGGAGAUGCUGAUGAACCAGAUGGUGCAGGGAUAGAAGACCCAGAAGAAAGAGUUGAAGAGCCAGAGGGAAAGGCUGAAGAGCCAGAGGGAGAUGCUGAUGAGCCAGAUGGGGCAGGGAUCGAAGACCCAGAAGAAGAAGGUGAAGAUCAAGAGAUUCAGGUUGAAGAACCAUACUAUGACUGUAGGGAAUGUGGAGAAACCUUCACUUCCAACUCAGCUUAUGGUGAGCACCUGAAAACCCAUGCCAGGGUGAUAAUAUUUGAGCCUGGAAAUGUCUAUGGGGAAAGCUCACGCUACACUGAACAUGCCAGCACCAGCACUAGUGGCAAUGAUAGGGCUGAUGACAAGUACUUCAAAUGUGAUGUCUGUGGGCAGCUUUUCAGUGAUCGCCUUUCCCUUGCUAGACACCAGAAUACUCAUACCGGCUGAGAACACGAGUAUAAAGUUUAGAAAACCUUCAUUUAGAACUUGACCCCUACUAAACCAGAGACUUCAACCCAUAAUAAUGUCAGAAGAAAACUUAACUUGGCAUGUACGCACCUGACUUUUAAUAUCAGACAACUCAGACUAAAAGGAGACCGAAGGUGGAAACUCCUUUGGUUUUAGCUCUCCUCCAUCACACAUCAGUGUAUGCAUGUGGGAAAGCUAUAGCACAUACCUUUCAUCUGAGUAAUCUAUUGAGGGAAAAUCCCAGAAGUUUUUGAGAUUGCAGAAAUUGCCCAGUCAAAUGUAAAUGACACUUCUAUAACCUAUAUAUAAUGUUCCCUGCAAUGUAUAUAAAAUAGCAUAUCAUAGCAAAACAGUAAUCACAUAUAUUUGGAUUUGAUAUGAUAUACAGUUACAGUUUACUGUGCAGAAGUACCUUACCUGGUACUCUGAUUUUUUUUUUUUUUUCUUUUUUGGAGGAGGAAGAGAGCAACAAAUUAGAAUAUAUUUCUAAGUAUCUUAGAUUCUGAGAAAGACUUAUUGUGCAUUAUUUGAACCCCAUCAGUAUCGUUUUGAGUAAUUGUGUAUUGUUCCUUACCCUUAAGUAUUCCUGUAAAAGUGUAAGCAUGAAAGGUAAAAUGUCUUUUAUUCUUUGCUGUUUGAAAAGAGAAGUACUUGGAACUUCCUUUUCAGCCUUUUUGUCUACACCAACACUUUGGAACCUAAUGCUGUGUAAGCCUUUACAAUAUGUGGAUUGGCCUUUUGUGACCCAAAGUGGUCGGUUGCCACAUUGUACCUUGCAGUGAUUCUCAUGCAAAAAUAUUACAAGUUUUUUUUUUUUUUAACCAACUUGAUGUGUGUUUGAUAGUGAAUUUAUAAAAGCUGAAGCUUUUCCCUAUAAAUCUUAUGCUUUUGCCUUUAAAGAGUGGGUUGUAACCAUCACUAGAUCACAGUAGUGCCUACUGAUGAUUGAGAACCAGAGGGAGAGGCUUUCAUGUUGUAAAUAAGGAUGCAGGCUUACAAUUUCCAUCACUUCCUUUGUGCGCUUCCUGCCUUAAGUGACAAGUAGCAGCGUGGCUUCAUUAGUAUUAAACGGCCACAAAUCAGUUUGCACCCUGGGUGCCCAGGAGCUAGUAUCCUUAGAGCUUUCUAUCACUUAAUUCUCGUCUUCACCUGUCUGACCCUCCACCCCAUGUCUAACUUGCAUUUUAAAAAUUUUAAAAAAGCUUUCUUUACAGUCAACUUAAGCUUAACAUGGACUCAGGUUCCCCAGCAGCCUUAAUUUGUUUCCUUACCAUCUGUUCCUCCCUCUUUCAGCCCUUCUAAGUAUUUCCGAGCUAUCCAUUAGUGUCACGUUUGUCCGAUCACCUCAGUUUUCCACUUAAUCACAAAUUGACCUCAUAGCUUGAGGUUUCCUGUGUCCUGUUCUGUGGACCACCUGUGUUCCUUUUGCUUCCCCUCCUCUUGCAUAACGACUAUUAAAUUUUUUGGCUUUGAGUUGGCUGGAAAAAAAAAAUUAAAAAAAAAAUUUAAAGUGGAUCUGUAGAUUAAGUGAGCAAAAGAUAACAGCAGAUAAUUUGAGCAAGCAAAAUUAAUAUACCUGCUGGGGGAAUGUGUCUAAAUCUCACUCUCCUAGAUCCGCAUGGUUGGGGCUUGGAGAGUGUAUGUCAGAGCUGCAGGGAAUGCCAAAGUCGAGGGAGGUUGUACUGUUGAAAGCAUGAAGCAGAAAUGAGGAAGCCAAAGAAGGGAGUCCUAAUAUAUCACCAGAUCUAGGAGGCUAGGAAGCAGACAGAAGGAAAUAUGGGAAGCAAGGCUUAGAAGACCAGGUUGGUAGGAAUGAAUUGAGCAGGAAGUCCUGGGCAGUUAAGAAGGGGCCUUUUCGGUGUAGGUGAGGGCCAGCUGCAUAGAAAGACCUGAGGUUGGAAUGAACAUUCAAGGAGCAUUGAGGCCCCACAUCACAGGAGGACCUUUUAGAUGGGAACCAGCAUUGAUGUUAUUGGGGUGAAUUUGGGUUUAUCACUGUUGGCAGUAUUAAACAACUUGCCAAACCCAUUGCCAAGGUGCCCAUUCCAACCUUAUGUUAGUGAAAAAUUAGGAACAACGUAAAUGCCAAACAGUACGAGAAUGAUUACAUGAAGGUAUCCAUGGACUGUCAUGCAGCUGUUUAAAAAUGAUAAUCAUGAAGAGUUAUGUAGCAACAUGGAAAUAUAUUUACGGAAUAUUGAGUGGAAAAAGCAGGACACAGAAUUAUAUUUAUAUUACAGUUAUAACUGAUUAAAAAUGUAUGCUUAUAGUCAAAAGCUGUUGUGUUGUUGUUGUUGUAGGCUUAUAGUUGAGCAUUAUUUUCUUAAAUUCUUUGAAUGUUCUUUAUGGUAGUGUUACUAAAAAGUUUAUAAUCACAUUUCCAUUGUGAACAUAAUUUGAACUCAUUAUCAGACACUUGGAAAAUACAGAAAAGUGGAGGAAAAAAAUCCAUAUUCCAACCAUCCAAAGACAGAUAUACUCUUCAACAUCUUGUUUAUUGUUUCUGUGCACAGGUUUAUGAUUAUAACUGUGUCAAAAUGUGUAUUCAAAAUAGCUGUUAUGUUAUCUUUGUGGAAUAAUGGUUAAAUACUUUCAUCUUAAUGUCUUCAAAUGUUCCUUAUAAUAGUGUUCUGCUAACAAAGUUUAUUAUGUUUUUUUACAUUACAAGCAUAAUACAUACCCAGAGGAAAAAUUGGAAAAUACACUAAAUUAGAAAAGAGAAGAAAGUCACCCAUAUUCCCAACACACAACAACUACUGUUAACAUCUUGAUCUGUUUCCUCCAUCUUGUUUUAGUGCACAAGCCUGUGAUUAUAAUGGUGUUAAAUAUGUAUGCAUAAAGUCUAAAAUGAAAAAAAAUAUGGAAAAUAAUUAAAAUAGUGUUGUCAUUGUGGGAUUAUGGUUAAAUAUAUUGUCUCAAAUUCCUUGAAUGACCUUUGGUGUUUUGGUAUUAAAUAUUAUGUAUGUAUUUCUCCAUUACAAAUAUAAUACAUACUCAUAGCAAACUUUGGAAAAUUCAGUAAACUAGAAGAAAAGAAAUUCACCCAUACUCCCAACACCCAGCAACAAUUGCUGUUAACAUCUUGAUCUGUGCACCAGUCUAUGAUAAUUAGGGUGUUAAUGAUUAAGUAUAUAUAGAGUCAAAGAUGGGAAGAAAUAUGGAAGACAGUUAAAUAGUUGUGUGGUUGUUGUGGGAUUAUGGUUAAAUAUUUUGGUUUCCUCGAAUGGUCUUUAUCAUAGUGUUUGGUAAUCCACCUUUAUCGCAUAUAUUUCCAUUAUAAACACUGUAUGUGUUCUUUAUAGAAACUUUGAAGUUGCAGAAAUGUAGAAGAGAAACUCGCCCAUAUUUUCACCAUCCAAAGACUGUGGUUAACAUCUUGAUAUAUUUUCUUCAUCUUGUUUCUGUGCACAGGUUUUUGGUUUGAUAAUAUGGUUGUGGUUGUUCUAUCUAUCUGUAAUAGUGUCAACAAUAAAAAUAAAGUUAAAAAUAAGAUAUUUGUCAGUCUCUUCUUUUGUCCAUUUUAAGUGUUUGGGGUUGGUAAAUGCAGUUUUUUGUUACAACUAGAAAGCCAAAAGCUUAGUG